UACAAAACUGAGGCGGCCUGCCUUUAGGGAUGCAUGUGUGGAUCGAGAUAAAUGAUCGCUUCUAGAAGCCGAUCACGGGUUCUGGGAUCACAAGGGGUCUCUUUAAAGCGGGAUAACUGCCCCCCCAGCCCCUUUUGAGGGCCGCCCUCCGCCUCUCCCCUCCGUUUCCCCGGAUAAGGCGAAACUCAAGUCUCGCGAAGGUUGAGGAGCGCCUGCCCAGUUGGCGUCCGCGGUCGAUUUCGCUUUGAGAUCUGUGGAGUUUCGCGUGCCUUGGUUCGCGGGAAGGGAGGAGCAGAGAUCUUUUCUGCCCGACCCGGCUCGGUUCGGCUCGGCUCUCCUGAAGCUCGACUCCUUUCGUUCCCCUUCGGGCCAUGGGGAAAAUCGGGUUGCAGUUCAAAGCGACUUUAGAAAACAUUACAAACCUCCGGCCGGUGGGGGAGGAUUUUCGAUGGUAUCUGAAGCUUAAAUGUGGAAACUGUAGUGAGGUUUCAGAAAAAUGGCAAUAUCUACGAUUAAUGGACAGCCAUCCUCUGAAAGGAGGCCGGGGAAGUGCCACAAUGGUGCAGAAAUGCAAGUUGUGUUCCCGAGAAAACUCAAUAGAUAUCUUAAGUCAGACAAUUAAGCCUUAUAAUGCCGAAGACAAUGAGACCUUUAAGACAAUAGUGGAAUUUGAGUGUCGUGGCCUUGAACCCGUGGAUUUUCAACCACAGGCAAGGUUUGCUGCAAAUGGUGCUGAGUCUGGCACAUCUUUCGAUGAAAUCAACUUACUGGAAAAGGACUGGACUGACUAUGAUGAAAAAAUAAAGGAAUCUGUUGGCAUCUAUGAAGUUACCCAUAAGUUUGUCAAAUGUUAACUUCUAUGGUAAAACAAAAAUUUUCUGUUAAGCAAAGUCAUUUAAAUUGUAUCCACAAAAGUCAAAAUAAAAUGAUUACUUUUGA